AUGACUCCAGGAGGUGGUGGAGGAGGGCCCAUGAAAGACUGUGAAUACAGUCAGAUCAGCACUCACAGCUCCUCUUCUCCCAUGGAGUCUCCUCAUAAGAAAAAGAAAACAACUGCCAAGAGAAAAUGGGAGGUUUUCCCUGGAAGAAACAAGUUCUUCUGUGAUGGAAGGAUCAUGAUGGCUCGUCAGACUGGAGUCUUCUACCUGACCCUUGUUCUUAUUUUGGUUACCAGUGGACUGUUCUUCGCAUUUGAUUGUCGAUAUUUAUCAGAUCAGAUUACACCUGCUAUUCCUGCAGUAGGAGCAAUUCUGUUCUUUUUUGUUAUGGGGACCUUGCUACGUACGAGCUUCAGUGACCCUGGAGUCCUGCCUCGUGCAACACCAGAUGAAGCCGCAGAUCUUGAAAGACAAAUAGGUAACACUGAAGAAAUUGCAAAUGGCUCCAGUUCAGGAGGGUAUCGUCCACCUCCCAGAACAAAAGAAGUACUCAUCAAUGGGCAGACAGUGAAGUUAAAAUACUGUUUUACCUGCAAGAUUUUUCGCCCACCUCGUGCCUCACAUUGCAGCCUUUGUGAUAACUGUGUAGAACGGUUUGAUCACCAUUGUCCCUGGGUAGGCAACUGUGUGGGGAAAAGAAACUACAGAUUUUUUUAUAUGUUUAUUUUAUCUCUGUCUUUUCUGACAGUCUUUAUAUUUGCAUUCGUUAUCACCCACAUCAUCCAUCGAUCUCAACAAACAGGGUUCUUAAAUGCACUCAAGGACAGUCCUGCAAGUGUGCUGGAAGCUGUGGUAUGUUUCUUCUCCGUUUGGUCCAUUGUUGGGCUCUCAGGUUUUCAUACUUAUUUGAUCAGCUCCAAUCAAACAACAAAUGAGGAUAUCAAGGGAUCUUGGUCAAAUAAAAGAGGUAAAGAAAACUUCAAUCCAUACAGCUAUGGCAACAUUUUCACUAACUGUUGUUCUGCACUCUGUGGGCCCAUCUCUCCCAGCUUAAUUGACAGAAGAGGAUUUAUGCAGCCAGAUACUCCACAGCCGGCAGCACCCUCAAAUGGCAUUACAAUGUAUGGGGCCACACAGUCUCAGAGUAAUAUGGCUCGGGUUAUGUAUGACUUUGCUGCUGAACCUGGAAACAAUGAGCUGACAGUUAAUGAAGGAGAAAUCAUCACAGUUACCAAUCCGGAUGUAGGUGGAGGCUGGCUGGAAGGCAAAAACAGCAAAGGAGAACGAGGACUUGUUCCCACAGAUUAUGUUGAAAUUCUACCUGAAGGUACCAAAGAUGGAAUUUCAGUAGCUGACCAAGCCUUUUUCGAUGGUCUCUCUACUGCACAGGCUAAUUUGCAAGCAGCAAAAACCAAUAGCCAGGUGGAUUCUCAUGCAUCUGCCACUCAUACUUCUAUUUUGGAAUUUUUUACUCACUCUCCACCUUCAACUCCUUCUACAAGAAAGGCUCCCAGCAAUGCAAACGACCCCUGGUCAAGCUGGGACAACACAACAGGUGGUGAUGGCUGGGCAGCAAAACCUGAAAAUAGGCAGAAAAACAGCGCUUCAAACAACUGGGAUGCAGCAGCAUUUGGUCAUCCACAGGCUUAUCAAGGUCCAGCGGCUGCUGAUGACGAUGACUGGGAUGAUGAUUGGGAUGACCCAAAAUCAACGGCUGCACCCUAUCUUGGAUAUAAAGAGGCAGAGCCUUCAGACCCAGCAGGGCUUCAGCGUGGCAAUAGCCGUGGAGCUGCUAUGAAGCUACCACUUAACAAAUUUCCUGGAUUUGCAAAACCUGGAGUGGAGCAGUAUCUCUUGUCAAAGCAGCUAGCAAAACCCAAAGAGAAAAUUCCUAUAAUUAUUGGAGAUUAUGGGCCAAUGUGGGUGUAUCCUACCUCUACAUUUGACUGUGUUGUGGCUGAUCCAAAAAAAGGUUCUAAAAUGUAUGGUUUGAAGAGCUACAUCGAAUAUCAACUUACAUGUACAAACACUAAUCGAGCUGUCAACCACAGAUACAAGCACUUCGACUGGUUAUAUGAACGUCUCUUGAUUAAGUUUGGAUCAGCCAUUCCAAUUCCAUCUCUUCCAGACAAGCAAGUAACAGGGCGUUUCGAGGAAGAAUUCAUCAAAAUGAGGAUGGAGAGGCUACAGGCAUGGAUGACCAGGAUGUGUCGUCAUCCAGUUGUUUCAGAAAGUGAAGUUUUUCAGCAGUUCCUUAGUUUCCGUGAUGAAAAGGAAUGGAAAACCGGUAAAAGGAAGGCAGAAAAAGAUGAGGUUGUGGGUGUUAUGGUCUUUUCUACUAUGGAACCAGAAGCACCUGACUUGGAUUUGUUAGAAAUUGAACAGAAAUGUGAUGCAGUUGGGAAGUUCACUAAAGCCAUGGAUGAUGGAGUUAAGGAGUUGUUGACAGUGGGCCACGAACACUGGAAACGCUGUACAGGACCAUUGCCCAAGGAAUACCAGAAAAUAGGAAAAGCUUUACAGGGUUUAGCAGUGGUUUUCCAUAGCAGUGGUUAUCAAGGAGAGUCUGACCUCCAUGAAGCAAUAACAGAAGCAGGAAAAACAUAUGAAGAAAUUGCCAGUCUUGUAGCAGAACAGCCAAAGCAGGAUCUUCAUUUUCUAAUGGAAACCAAUCAUGAAUACAAAGGAUUUCUUGGUUGCUUCCCAGAUAUCAUAGGUGCUCACAAGGGAGCAAUAGAAAAAGUGAAGGAAAGUGAUAAAUUAGUUGCUACCAGCAAAAUCACCCCACAGGAUAAACAAAACAUGCUGAAGCGUGUAAGCACCAUGUCAUAUGCACUACAAGCUGAAAUGAAUCACUUCCACAGUAACCGAAUUUAUGAUUACAAUAGUGUGAUGCGCUUGUAUCUGGAGCAACAGGCACAGUUCUAUGAAACAAUUGCACAAAAGCUGAGGCAGGCUCUCAGUCGCUUUCCAAUGAUGUAGAUAUACAGAGACAGAUAAUGAAGAACUCCAAAGUGCUUUUCUGAUUUUUGGUGGGGCAGUGCAAAUAAGUUAAGUCUUCGCCAUCCAAAAAGCCUUUUUUUAAAGAAAUAAAAUGCAAAAGAAAGUGAAAACUUCAGGAGUUUACUUUGUUAACCUAAAUGCCUUGGAUAUUUAUGUAUAUUUUUAUCCUAUAUGCUUUCCCUUCCUACCCACUAUCUUAGUAGAACUGGAAAAUGCCCUAUAUUAGGGAAGGGUAACCUAUGGCUCUCCAGUUGGAGCUAGCUCCCAUCCUCAUUGACCAUUGCCUUGGUUCCAGGGCUGUGGGAGUUGGAAUUCAAUUAUAUCUGGAGGGCCAUGGGCUCCCCUACUCUGCUCUAUGAUAGGGCUUCAAAUUGCCAAAUGGUUUGUUGCCAAGGGUUACAUACUCUAUAAGAGUAUUCUGUGUCACCUGGUUAGAUUUUAAAAAAAUACUUUAUCCUGAUUGCUGAAAUGCUUUCUAGCAUAUACUUUUUUUGUUACGAGCCUGCUGUUGAAAGCAGUUUAGCUUCCCUCUCCUGUAGCAAUGGUAUACAAAAUCUGAAAUAAAGUUGCUAACGCAUAUGAGAAUCUUUUAAUAUCCUGUCCUUGAACCACAGAUGCCUCAAAACAUGAGGGCUAGAUUAUUUUUUUCUUCCUAUAUGAGAAAAAAAAGAGCUGAACCUAAAGACAGCCAUUCCAAACAUCUGGAAGAUAUUGUUCCAUCCAGUAAUUCUGAGCCAUGCACUUUGGUUAAAUACCCAAUAGUCAUGGUUGUGUGUUUGGAGCCUUUUUGCUCUGUCCUUACCAAGUGUGUAGCAUCAAUAGUGUCUCAUGUCCCAUCACCACUGCCAUUAUAGAAAAUGUUUCAAGGUCACUGCCAGAUUCUGGGUGCUUAUAUAAUAGCAUGAUACUACAUUUUUGAUCCACUUUAAAACGAUCCCAUAAUGGCCAAAAUUCAUUAUUUUUUACCUCUGGAAAACAGACCAUUUAUUCAGGUGUUGAAUACAACAUGGGCUUAUAAAAAAAGGAUCUACUUCAAAAUGCAACUAUGCUUGAAAUGUUAUGUUCAGGCCACUGGUGUUAAAACAGCUUUUGCAUACCAACAGUGGGCAAUAAAGGCUUGAAGGUGUGUUGCCACAAAUUUUCUCACUGUACCACACACAACUUCCAUUAGAAUUAGUCUUCACUGCAUAAAUAAACAUUAUUUUAUCUACCAAGUCAUUCUAAGAGAGUAGUACUCCCUAUAUGUUCUGUUGACUUGUGCGCUGUUGUCAUUUUGUGUGUGUUAGAGUAAUAAAGAAUCUCUGUCUGCCAUGAUAAUAUAAUGCUGUACCCCGCCCCCCCAAAACACAAAAUCCUAGAAGGUAAACAUGGCUCAAUCCUCUCUAUUGUCAGGUGUUUAAUUAUUUUUCUACAUUUUUUUUUGUUUUCCUAUUAAUUUAGUUUGUCUUCCAAAAUUCCAUAAAGUGUUAUGAUACAGCCAUUCAGAUAUGUACAAAUUGUAAAGAAUGUGUAUAAAUGUUUUAUGCCAAAUGUAAUGAGAUCUAUCUUGCAUGUAGAAACAAUUUAUGAAGUUACUGCAAAGUGUAUAGUAAAUUCUAAGGCACUUUUUCACAGCACCACUUUUCCAGCAUUUGUAUAUUCACUUUUUGUGUCAAUCUUUGUUACUGGUUCACUGAGGAUUUCUUUUUACCAAACUUUAAAUUGAUCCUGAUGACAGAAGUUGCAGACUUACCAUCUUUAACAGACAAACUGGGACAGAAGAACAGAAGAGAUGGUUUCAGUGUGGAAAAGCCAUGUAUGUAGCAAGACCAUUUGAAAAGGCAGACCUGUAACUUCCCAGCAAAUUAAGUCUUUAAAUUGAUAAUAAAUAUUUAUACAUAAAAGAAA